AUGGUAGAAUCCAACGGACUUCAUACGCCGGCCUCGGGUCCCAACGUGGCCAAUGGUGUCGAUGUCGAUCGUAUCGCCGUCAGUCCCAUGGCCCCUGGAAAGGUCGCCAGUCUGGCCCAGGAGAUGGACUUGCUGAGCAAGGCUUUUACCUCUGGUCAAGCCGGGGCACGACUUCAGCUGAUGGAAGCUGCCGAUGCCCUUCUAGCAGCCGUUGAGACGCCGCGCGAGACCAUUUUCCGAUACUGUUGGCGAAACACUACCGGCUUUGCCGUGAUUGAGACGGCCAUUGACCUCGGGAUCUUCCGGUAUCUCUCGAACAAUGACCGACCGAUGUCUGUGGCCGAACUGGCAACAGCCACCAGCGCUGACAUCGUCCUGCUACAACGAAUCAUGAAGCAACUCAACGCCAUCCACGCUGUCACCGAAACUGGCAAGGACGAAUACACGAGCAACAACUUCUCGCGCACACUCACCCACACCCGCUACGCCGAUGCCUUUCCCACGAUAACACGAACCACCCAGCGUGCCAUCACCGCGAUUCCAGAGUUCCUCCGCAAAACGGGCUAUCGCGACCCGGCCAACGGCCUCGACUGCCCCUUCCAACUCGGCUACAACACCCAGGCCGCCUUCUUCGACUUUGUGGGCCAAGACCCGGUCCUCAGCGCGCAGUUCAACAACCUCAUGUCCAUCUAUCACCAAGGUCGCGCCAGCUGGAUGGACCCGGGCUUCUACCCAGUCGAGGAGCGCCUCCUAGCCGACACGACGACAGACAUCGCCGACAAGAUCCUGCUGGUGGACGUGGGCGGCGGCAAGGGCCACGACCUGGCCGAGUUCCGCGCCAAAUGGCCCAACACCCCGGGUCGGUUGAUCCUGCAGGACCAGCCCGCUGUCCUGGCUGAGGUCGUGGGAAGCCAGCUGCACGAGUCGAUCGAGUGCAUGCCGCAUGAUUUCUUCACGGAGCAGCCGUGCAGAGGAGCAAGAGCCUACUUCCUCCACUCGGUCCUGCACGACUGGCCCGACGCCAUCUGCCAGAAGAUCCUGGCCCCGCUGCGCGCCGCCAUGACGCCCGGGUACAGCCGGCUGCUGAUCAACGAGAACGUGAUCCCCGAUCGUGGCGCGCAGUGGCAGGCGACGGGGCUGGACUUCGUGAUGCUGGCGGACUUUGCGGGCGCGGAGCGCACCGAGUCGCAGUGGACGCGCCUGCUGCACGCGGCCGGGUUCCGCAUCCUGCGCAUCUGGGCGGCGGAUCGGUGGUCGGAGAGUUUGAUCGAGUGUGAGGUCGCCGUGGGUGAGACUACUUAG